AUGACGAUUCUAAAGGUUCUGGAGAAGAACGAACUCUUGAUGAAGCAGCUGAGAGAGAUCACUGGUAUUCAGGACAUACAGGUUCUCCAGAGUACGCUCAGUGCAAGUCAAGGUGACAUCAGCCAAGCCAUCAGCCUGCUGACCAUGCAAAUGGGAGAGGAGCAAUGUUCUGCAGAAUGUUCUAGCAGAGAGAACAACAGAGGGGUCUGCAACGCACAGAACAGCAGAGUUGAGCAUGACCUUCAGACAGCUAUAGAGCUCAGCCUACAGGAGUCCCAGCAGUGUCAGGCCGAGGAGAAAGAGAUCUGCAGGGCCCUGGAGGCUAAUGCAGAGGAGAACACCAGUCGUAUGAAGAGGAAGAGAUGUGAGGCGGCCGGAGGAGAGGGCUGCAGCCCGGCCGACUGGAUCCGGCAUGACGGGUGGCCCGUUGGCAUCCGCAAUGUGGGCAACACCUGCUGGUUCAGCGCUGUCAUCCAGUCCCUAUUCCACCUGCCAGUGUUUCGUAGACUGGUGCUGAACUACUGCCUGUCAGAACACAUUCUGGAAAAAUGCAAGAGUCACUCAGAGAAGCGAAACAUUGCCUUCAUGCAGGAGCUCCGAUGCCUUUUUGCAUUAAUGGUGGGUUCCACACGUAAGUUUGUGGAUCCGUCUGCAGCUGUGGAACUCCUCAGAGAUGCCUUCAGAACCAGCGAGGCGCAGCAGGAUGUUAGCGAGUUCACACACAAGUUGCUUGACUGGCUUGAAGAUGCAUUUCAGUUGGCGUCCAGUGGAGACAAUCCUGAGGAUAAGCAGGAGAACCCAAUGGUGCAGCUAUUUUAUGGGACAUUUGUAGCAGAGAGAGUUAAUGAGGGAAAGACGGUGUCAAACAUUGAGCAGUUUGGGCAGUAUCCCCUUCAGGUGAAUGGUUUCAACAAUUUAGAUGAAUGUUUGGAGGGUGCAAUGGUUGAAGGGGAGAUUGAAGCCCUGCACUCAGAUCACAGUGUUUCUACUGGUCAGGAGCGCUGGUUCUCGAAACUGCCCCCUGUGCUGACUUUUGAGCUGUCCAGAUUUGAGUUCAAUCAAUCUCUUGGCCGACCAGAGAAAAUACACAAAAAGCUGGAAUUCCCGCAAAUUAUCUAUAUGGACAGGUACCUUCAUAAAAAUGUCGAACAGACUCACGGGAGGAGAGAGGAGGUGAAGAGACUGAGGGACCAAUUAACGGUUCUACAACAGAGACUUGAGAGUUACAAAAAUUAUGGCUCAGGGCCAACCAAGUACCCCCUGGCAGACAUGUUGCAGUAUGUGCUGGAGUUUGCCACCACUAAGCCAACGAGUGUCUCUCCUGCCUGCCCCAUUCCUCUAAACCCAUCCUCACACACAGAGCCCACCUCAGACCACACCAGUUUGUCAGAACCAAAUGAUGCGGGGUCAUCUGAAGGUCUAACCACCCAGCGGGUCCCCACACAUAAGUCCUUUAGCCAGUGUAGACUUCCCACCGACGCCCCACUCCUCCCUGCCCCCCACAGCAUCACCGAGGAGGAGCUUCAUUUUGUCAAGGGCUGUCUACAGCGCUGGAGGUCUGAAGUGGAGAACACCAUACACGAGCUUAAGGCCAGCAUUGACCGGAUCAGCCAAGCCCUGGACAGCAUGUACUCAGAUAAAAGCCUGUGUCAGGUACCCUACAGGUUACAUGCUGUUCUCGUGCAUGAGGGUCAGGCCUCUGCUGGACACUACUGGGCCUACAUCUUUGAUCACACCCACAAGCGCUGGCUCAAAUACAACGAUGUCAUGGUAACAGAGUCCUCGUGGGAGGAGCUAGUCAGAGAUUCAUAUGGAGGCAUGACCAAUGCCAGUGCCUACUGCCUCAUGUACAUCAAUGACUGCAUGCCAGAACUUAUAGCAGAGGACACGGACAAUGAGACUGGACAGCUCUUGCGAGGAAUGGACUCCUUGCCUCCCGUCCUUAGGCGCUAUGUUCGUGAGGACAACCACUGGUUCCAGCAGGAGCUAAGGGAGUGGGAGGAACACCUCUGUCAGACAGCCCAGGAGGAGUCCAAGCCUCCUGCAGCAGCCAAAGAGUCAAACUCCGAGCAGAUAGAGACCCCAUCACCAGAACCACCACCACCUCCACCGCAGGACGAAACCAAAGGACACACAAAAGAACCAGAGCUGGAGGCACCACAGGAACCAGUACCAGAACCCACACAGGAACCAACCCAAGAAUGCACAGAGCCAAUCACGAGUCACUCAGCUGUCGAGACAGAGUUCAUAGAACAGAGUGACACGUUGAAGGAGGAAAAUAAUCAACGUGAGGUGGAGCAGUGCCAGGAGCAGAAGGAACAGGGACAGAGAGUGGAGGUGGAGUCCAUUUCUGAAGAGAGGGUGGCAGCAUUGACUGAAACAGAGGGCCAGGAUUUGAGUGAGACAGUGGAAACAGGAGUGGACAAUGAGCCGGAGGAAUCACCCUCAGAGAGCAGCUCUACAGGGACCAGACACAGGCUAAGACAGCCAGAGGACGAGGUGUCAGAGGCCAGACACAGGCUAAGACAGCCAGAGGACGAGGUGUCAGAGGUGGAGAUCCCCAAUGUGGGCAAGAUCCUGGUGCGGGCUGAUGCAGACGGCUACAACGAGGAGAUGAUGUUAACUCCAGCCAUGCAGGGUGUCAUUCUGGCCAUAGCCAAAGCCAGACAGACAUUUGACAGAGACGGGCCUGAAGCAGGCCUUAUCAAGGCGUUCCAUGAGGAGUACUCCAGGCUCUAUGAACUGUCCCAGGAGGAGACAAGUCCCCAGGAGGACCACCGGCUCCAGCAUGUUCUAGUUUAUUUCUUCCAGAACAAAGCGCCCAAUCGCAUCAUCGAGAGAACGCUGCUGGAGCAGUUUGCAGACCGUAACCUUAGUUAUGAUGAAAGGGCUGUGAGUAUAAUGAGAGAGGCUCGAGUUAAGCUUCGCCUAAUCAAACCAGAGGAUAUGGACAUGGAGGAGUACAUGCAGUGGCAUGAUGAUUAUAACAUGUUCCGCACGGUGUUUGCCUACCUUCUCACGGGACUAGAGCAGUACCAGAAUGGAAAAGUAAGAGAAGCCCUGAACUACCUGGCUCAUGCUUACCAGAGCAACGCAGUCCUUCUCAGGAAUGGAGAAAAGAGAGGAGUUGAGCAGUCACUUAUAGCACUUUACAGGAGAAAAUGUCUGAAAGAGCUGAAUGAAAGUGCAGCCACGCUGUUUAAGAGCGGGGAAGAAAGUGACGUGGAAGAGGGCGUGGCCAUUAUGAAUGACAGCAUUAUCCCCUGCAUGCACCUCAUGGUGAAAGACAGUGUGAGCCAGGAGGACCUGGACACCAUCGAGGCAAUCAGGAGCCGCUGGUGUUCCUACCUGGGCCAGGAUACGGAGGACUCCCUGCAGGAGAGGCUUAGUGAGUUUUUGCCCAGGGUGCUGGACUGCUCGGCAGAGAUGGUAGUGCUGAAAGAGCCACCCAAAGUUCACAACUCCCCUCACGACCUGUGCAGUCGACUGGCCGCUGUCAUGGAGUCUAUUCACAAUACCUCAGUCGUCGCUGUGAAGUGA